GGAGCCCCUCAUCAUGACAUGCUUGUUUGUGCAGUGACGGCCUCGUACAUGUAAUCGACACCAACUGCUCCCACUUAUACGAAGAGCUACUUCUUCUCUCCCUCCUCCUCCAUAUACCCUCUCAUCAUGGUCCACCUCACCGCAAUCAGCCGCUCCGGCUCCGUCACGCCCUCGGACGAGCGAGCACCAGCACCCCCCGCCGCCGGCGCCUCCUCAGGCCCGACGCUCGCCGUCACCGACAACACCCGGCCCAGCCUGCACAAGAGCCUGUCGCAGGUCAAGCUGUCGAGCUAUGCCGACGAGUUCACCACCAGCGUCUACGGCUCGCAGUUUGCGGGCCAGGACCUGCCCAAGCACAGCAUGCCCGCCGGGGCGAUGCCGCGGGACGUUGCGUACCACAUGAUUAAGGACCAUUUGAGUCUGGACAAUAACCCGAAGCUCAACUUGGCGUCCUUUGUCACGACUUACAUGGAAGACGAAGCCGAAAAGCUCAUGACAGAGGCCUUUUCCAAAAACUUCAUCGACUACGAGGAGUACCCCCAAUCGGCCGACAUCCAGAACCGCUGCGUCAACAUGAUCGGCGACCUGUUCCACGCGCCCGCCGGCGGCGAGAGCGUCGGCACCUCGUGCAUCGGCUCCUCCGAGGCCAUCAUGCUCGCCGUCCUGGCCAUGAAGCGCCGCUGGAAGCUCCGCCGCCAGGCCGAGGGCAAGCCCGCCGACCGGCCCAACAUUGUCAUGUCCUCGGCCGUCCAGGUCUGCUGGGAGAAGGCGGCGCGCUACUUCGAGGUCGAGGAGAAGUACGUCUACUGCACCGAGACGCGGUACACCAUCGACCCCGAGGAGGCCGUCAACCUGAUUGACGAGAACACGAUUGGCAUCGCGGCCAUCCUGGGGACGACGUACACGGGGCACUACGAGGACGUCAAGGGCAUCAACGACUUGCUCGUCGAGCGCGGCCUGGACGUGCCCAUCCACGUUGACGCGGCGAGCGGCGGCUUCGUGGCGCCGUUUGUGCUGCCGGACCUGGAGUGGGACUUUAGACUGCCUCAGGUCGUCUCCAUUAACGUCUCCGGCCACAAGUACGGCCUCGUCUACCCCGGCGUCGGCUGGGUCGUCUGGCGCUCCCACGAAUACCUCCCGCAGGACCUCAUCUUCAACAUCAACUACCUCGGCGCCGAGCAGUCCUCCUUCACCCUCAACUUCUCCAAGGGCGCCUCCCAGGUCAUCGGCCAGUACUACCAGUUCAUCCGCCUCGGCCGCCGCGGCUACGAAUCCAUCAUGAGCAACCUCACCCGCACCGCCGACUACCUCACCGACGUGCUCGAGCAGUCGCUCGGCUUCGUCAUCAUGUCCGAGCGCAACGGCCAGGGCCUGCCGCUCGUCGCCUUCCGCUUCAAGACCGCUGCGGAGGGCGGCAAGCAGCGCCACUACGACGAGUUCGCCCUCGCCCACCACCUCCGCAGCAGGGGCUGGGUCGUCCCCGCGUACACCAUGGCGCCGCACACGGACCAGAUGAAGAUGCUGCGCGUCGUCGUCAGGGAGGACUUUUCCAAGAGCAGGUGCGAUUUGCUCAUCCACGACAUCAAGCUGUGCCUGGCCAUGCUGGAGAACAUGGACGCCGAGACGGUGCGCAAGCAGGAGGAGUUUAUCAAGGAGCACAUCUCGACGCAUGGCAAGAACAAGACGAACCACAGGCACCAUGCCUCGAAGCACUACACGGGCGAGGAGCAUUCGCUGCAGGGCAAGACUGGCAAGACGCAUGCCAUCUGCUAA